UUUUUUUUUCAAAAUUUUAACUGUUUCUUUAUGCUUAACUCUGUCUCUUUGUACUUGAACUCUGUCUCUUUCUACUUGGUUCAUCCAAGUGGACUCUUCGUUUAGCUCAUAACGCUCGCCAUCCUACGAAGAUUCCCAAUUCCCGAUUCACUCUUUCACUUGGAAGCCAUUCGUCGAAGAUUUUCUGCUCGAUUCGACGCAGAGAGUUGAUCAUUCAUUGAAUCAUUGAUAUUCGGUUUGCCUUUCAGUUCUAGCCUACGAUUUUCAUAUUUUAUUUCCUAUUUCUCCACAACUUUCUCCUUGCGGACUUUUUGGGGUGCGAGGAGCCCGCUCUUUUCAACUUAAAGAAGAGGUUUUUGUUUCCGUCCACCUUACGCCUCGAGGUACAAAGACUGUGGCAAACCCGGACCUCAAAAAUCCACCUUGGGCCUUCUCUUGAUUGCUCCGAGAUGUUGCCUAGAAUUUUCCAGGCCGAGGAUGGCAAGGAUUUCUUUUUUAAGUUGCAAUCCAGAUUUUUUAUUUCAAGUCUCAUGAAGUGCUUUCUUCCAUUUGUGCUUCUGGCUUCUGGUGCUUUGUUCUUUGGUUCUCGGUACUUCGAUUCUCCCCAAAUAGCUAUCCAGCCGUCGAGCUCCUUGUUUCUUCCAUGUGUAAACAAGGAGCCGAGUGUUCUUGACCGCUGGGUUAAGCCGCCUUCAAGCUUGAUGCAUAAUAUGAGUGACGAGGAGCUUUUCUGGGCUGCGAGCUUUGUUCCCCAAGUGAAGAAGUAUCCAUUUCAUAGAGUCCCGAAGGUAGCUUUCAUGUUCUUGACGACGGGACCUUUGCCUCUGUCCCCACUCUGGGAGAAGUUCUUCAAAGGCAACGAAGGUCUUUAUUCUAUCUAUGUUCAUUCUCUGCCAAGCUACAAAGCCAAUUUCCCACCUGAAUCUGUGUUCUACAAAAGGCAAAUUCCUAGCCAGGUAA